CAGACGCAGUCGUGAUAAACAAUAAUUAGACGGCUGCCCAUAAAGAGCUGCCUGCAAAAAUAGAACUCAGUCAAAAUGAGGCAAGCUGCGCGUAAACAUUCCUUUAACAAUUCGGUGCAACUAAAGUCCCAACGACGACAGCAACGUACUGUGAUUGACCAGAAAUGGCAAUGUGCCUCAAAUGUGGAUAGCUUGGAGCAACUGGAUACGUUCCAUCGUGCUAUACGACCAUAUUUGUGCCUGGCUCAGGUGUUUGGCAUGAUGCCGCUGGCGAAUGUACUCAGCAACGAUCCACAAUUGGUCAAAUUCCAAUUGCGCUCCUCUGGCACAUUCUUCUCGAUGCUCUUUUUGUUGCUGGGUGGUUUUAAAACAAUGCGUCUAACUGCAAAGCUAAUCGAGGGUGGUAUUAAUGCCAAAAAUAUAGUGGGAGUCGUAUUCUUCAGCAGCGGCAUGAUAAUCUGCCUGAAUUUCAUUAGCUUGGCCCGCGGCUGGUCCCGUCUAAUAGUUCCUUGGAAUGGUAUCGAUAUUAUAAUGCUAUUUCCUCCAUAUGCGCCAACGAAACGCAGUCUGCGCUUUAAACUCCUCAUCACUGGCUGCACCUUGGGUUGUUUGACUUUGGCUGAACAUUGUUUGUAUUAUGCAUCCAGCUAUUAUAAUUAUAGCAUGCAGUUCUUGAACUGCCAGGCGAAUGUGACUCGGGUUCCGUUGCGUGGCUAUAUGAAUAAGGAAUUCGCUGGUUUCUUUGAUAAUAUGCCAUACAAUUUUAUAUUUAUAUUCUAUUCGUUUUUUUUGAAUUUCACGUUCACCUUCAUUUGGAAUUUUAUGGAUACGUUUAUAAUUUUGAUAAGCAUCGGUUUGGCUCAACGCUUUCAACAGUUUGCCACACGCGUUUUAUCGCUGGCAAAUCGUCAUGUGACAGAUGCUGUGUGGCAUGAAUUACGCAUGCAUCACAUACUUUUAUGCGAGCUCAUGGAUCUGGUUGAGGCAAAUAUGUCGCAUAUUGUGUUGUUAUCCUGUUUGAACAACAUUUACUUCAUAUGCAAUAAGCUGUUGACAAUAUUCACAAAACUGCGUUAUCCCAUCAAUUAUGCAUAUUUCUGGUAUAGCUUAUUGUUUUUGCUGGGACGCACCUGUACCGUCUUUAUGUGCGCCUCGAGAAUUCACGAGGCUUCGUUGCUGCCCCUUGAGGUACUUUCUAUGGUGCCCAGCGAUCACUGGACGGAGGAGGUGCAACGAUUCACGCAUCAGGUGAACAAUCAGUUUAUAGGACUCUCCGGCUCUCGACUCUUCUAUCUGACGCGACAGAGUUUUUUUGGCAUGAUGGCCACGUUGGUGUACUAUGAGUUUAUGCUUUUGCAAUUGGAUGCCAAGAACAACAAUGAUUUACCCGCUUUAUGUGUCUAAAGAAGACGACCAGCUUUGGAAAGGAUAUUGAAAUUAAUUGAAAUACUUCAAAAAUAUAUAUUACUGCCUCAAGUAAAAAACGCUUAAAAGGCGCGAAUAUAUUCUUAUUCUAGAAUGCUUAACAUUAAAUCAGAUUUGUUGUCUUUCUCCAUUUGAUAUCUUAAC